AUGUCAGAAUCUGUAAUGUUUCCGAAUUUGCUGGAAUGCUACAUUUGGUCAGCGGCCAUACUUCAGUCAGGAUGGUAUGGAUUUGACUUGUUGGAAAGCAGUGUGCGCGCGACGGGCGCGGGGCUGGUGGGGUGGGGCGCGCGCUGGGUGGACGACGCUCCGGAGGCGCCCGCCCGCGCGGAACUGGACGGCGAGGGCGGCGAGGGCGACGCGGGGCUGAGCGUGCCCGCCGAGACGCCCUCCUGGCUCUCCUCCGACUCGGCGGGCAGCGCCCUGGCCAGGGACCUGUUCCGGCGCACCGAGCGGGACAUGAUCGUCGCUGACAUCCACAAGCGCGAGCGUGGGGGUGCGCAGGAGUACGGGCGGCAGCAGCGGCGGCGGCUGAGCUUCAACGUGCGCCGGCGCCGCACGGAGCUGCUGAGCGCGCGGCUGGCGGCGCGCGGCGGCCGGCCCCUGCGCGGCCGCCCCUGCUACUUCACCGAGGGCCACGUGCCCGACGCCCACGGCCGCGACGUCAACGCAGAGGCCUCGCCCUACUGGAUGCCCAGGCCCUCCGAGGAGCUCUGCUACCGGACGGUGACCGACCAAUGGCGCCGCGAGGCCCAGGAGAAGGAGAUGAAGGCCCCGUACUACGAGCACUACAACUACAGCACCCGCCACAACCUGGACCUGCUGCGCCGCCUGCACAUCCCGCGCGACCGCGACGACCCGGCCACGAUGACGCCCGGCAUCCUGGACAUCGACCCGGACUACUUCAGCAUCGUGGAGGGGCGCCCCGAGAACGCCGCCACCCUAGGCCGACUCGACAUCCGAAAGUACCUCUCCGACAUUCGCGAGGUGCUCUACACCAAGCUCAUGAUCGGCUACGCAGAGGACCACUGCAUGCUGGUGGAGGAGCAGUACACGCAAGAGCUCAAAGUCAUCCAGAAAAUCAAAGACCAGCAUCAGAAACACGUCAAAGCGUUCGAGGCGUUCCUGGCCGAGGACCACCAAAAAUCAAUGGAAAUCCUCAAGCAAGCGGACACCAUGACGCUGCGUUCGUCGCACAUGGAGGGGGACCUGAAGAGCCUGAACCGGUCCUUGGGCAGGCUGAGGAACGAGGUGGUGAUCCUGGAGGACAAGUGGAGGGCGGUGAAGAACCUGCAGCGGUUCCUGUACGCGGCGAGCCCGCGCGGCUGGCGCCUCAUGCACGACGUGGAGUUCAUGAAGCGCGUCAAGGACGGCGGCUCGUCCGCUAGCCUGGAGGACGUGGACGAGGCGAUGGAGGUGAAGAAGGUGCGCAGCGACCUGUCGCUGACGGAGCUCAUCAAGAUGUUCCACGACGACGUGGACCACCAGCCGGCGCCUGAGCUCUUCUUCAAGACGCCCAAGGACCUGCUGGACGUGUUCGACAGCAUCACGCACCUCAACAUGGACAUGAUGCUGCACGCGGAGCAGGUGCGCAAGCCGCUCGACGAGCUCUUCCACACGCUGCAGGACGCGCGCCGCAUGGUGCAGCAGGACACGGAGAAGCUGCGCACGGCGCUGCAGGAGAAGAAGGAGACCAUCGAGUGGGAGGAGCGGCGGGCCGCGGGGCUCGAGGCCGACACGCGCCGCCUGCUCGACGACGUCUUCAAGGACGCGUUCGAGAUCGUGGUGGGGGCCAACGACAACAACCUGUCGGUGGUGGAGAUGAUGCGCGAGAUCGAGCGCGCCUACGAGACCUUCAUGGACGACCUGGACCGCAUCCCGCACGCCAUCCUCACGGCGGUCGAGGACGACGUGGCGCUGGACGAGCGCAUCGGCUUCAUGAAGGCCAAGGUGGCGGCCAAGCAGCUGGAGCACAUCAACCGGCUGGAGGUGCGCAUGCGCCAGACGCUGCUGCCGCCGCCGCGCGCCGGCCUGCGCCCGCUCGUCUUCCGCUCGCCGCCCUUCGUGCGCUUCGUGGCGGCGCACAAGACCGAGUGCAAGGUGGACGAGCGCGAGAGGGCGCUGCUGCUGCACCUCACCGAGUACUGCCCGCAGAAGGACGACCCCUCGCCCUUCCUGCAGGCGCUGCGCGACACCGGCAUGCUGCAGUAGGCGGACACGCGGCCCGCUUCCCUCCCUCCCUUCCAACACACGUGCACCUUCCUAAUCGAGUCUCGUUUAUAAUACGCUCAACAGACGGAUUUCAAUCGGAUGGGGCAACAAUAGACUUUUUCUCUAUCUUUCUUUGGAUAAGCAGUGUUUUUUAUAUAUUUUUGCUCUAUAUCUU